CCAUCCAUUCUGUUUGCGCAGGGGGGCUGGCUUUGCCGUGCGACAUGGAGGCCGUGCGAUAAUGGGGUGGUUGCGGUCUUGUUGACGCGUACGAGGUCGUCGCACCGACGACCAUGGUGACCUAGGAAACAACGUCGGCCAAAAAGGCUCACAGCGUGAGAGAGAAGCGGCCGCCGUAUGGCGAAGGCGGCUCAUCAGCCGUUCGCCCCGGCGGUUGCCUGCGCGCCGGUCACUAAAGUGGAAAUCAGCGUCUCUUGCAGGCAACUCAAAGACAUGGACUUUUUCUCCAAGUCUGAUCCUAUGUGCGUUCUGUUCAUGAGAGAAUGUGAUAGUGACAAUUGGCGUGAGGUGGGACGCACAGAGACAGUAGAAAAUUGCCUCAAUCCUGAUUUUGUGACCAAGUUUCUUGUGGACUACUACUUUGAGGAGCGACAGCAACUUCUAUUCAAACUGUAUGACAUUGAUAGCCCCAGUGUGGACCUUCAGAAUCAUGACUUUCUCGGUCAGGCUAGCUGUACUUUGGGAGAGCUCGUUGCCUACCAGGGCACGCAAGUCAAGUUCCAACUGUCGGGACUCCCAGGCAACUGUGGCACCAUUUUGUUGACCGUUGAAGAGGUGCUUGACUGCAAGCGGGUCAUUGACAUGCAGUGGUAUGCUCAGAAGCUGGACAAGAAAGACUGGUUUGGCAAGUCAGACCCUUUCCUCGAGUUCUACCGCAUCAGUGAAGACAACACGUACACGGCGGUGUUCCGUACUGAAGUGGUCAAGAAGAGCUUGAACCCGACAUGGCGGCCCUUUGCUAUCCAGAUGCGUCAGCUGAGCGGAGGUGACGAGGAUCGCACCAUCCGCGUCGUCUGCUAUGACUGGGAUUUUGAUGGAGGCGUGUCUCGCAGCCACGAUCUCAUUGGAGAGUUCUACACCAACGUGCGCACGCUUGCCGAGGGACCUGGGCCAGCAAACGAGUACGAGCUCAUCAACAAAAAGAAACAGGCUAAGAAAAAGAAGUACAAAAACUCGGGUGUGGUGAAGUUGAUGUCUUUUGGAAUCCGCGAAGAGGCCACAUUUCUUGACUACAUUCGUGGCGGCCUGCAGAUGCACUUCACUGUGGCUGUGGAUUUCACUGCAUCGAAUGGGGACCCCCGAGAUCCUGCUUCUCUGCACUUCUUGGACCAGUCACAGCCAAAUGCAUAUAUGAUGGCCAUACAGGCAGUUGGUGAAGUGAUUCAGGAUUAUGACUAUGACAAGAUGUUCCCUGCACUGGGCUUUGGUGCAAGGCUGCCACCUGACGGAACUGUGUCGCACGAGUUCUUCCUCAAUGGUCACCCGACAGACCCGUACUGUGUGGGCAUCGAGGGUGUCCUGGAGGCCUACCGGAGGACCCUGCGGUCUGUGCAGCUGUACGGGCCCACGAACUUUGCACCGGUCAUCAACCAUGUGGCAAAGUUUGCGAGGACGUACCGUGACGGAACAAGUUACUUCGUGCUGCUCAUCAUCACGGACGGGGUCAUCAGCGACAUGCCACAGACUCUUGAGGCCAUUGUGCAGGCCUCCACCCUGCCAAUGUCCAUCAUCAUUGUGGGUGUAGGCAAUGCAGACUUCUCAGCCAUGGAGGUACUGGACGGGGACGUGGUGCGAGUUAGCUCGCGGGGUCGUGCGGCCGAGCGGGACAUUGUGCAGUUUGUGCCCUUCCGCAAGUUCCUCCUGGGCGGGCCCUGGCAGAGUAACCAGAUGCGGCUCGCUAAGGAGGUGCUGGCCGAGAUCCCCGACCAGGUCACCAGCUACAUGCUCAAGAACCACGUCAAGCCCGGGCUGGGCUCCCAAGGUGGCACGUCCUGAGUGCCAAAAGCUGCACACGGUAGACAAGUAGCCAGCACAGUCUUUCACGUAGAAGCUGUCAAAAUGCUAGAGCAGAGGCCCCCUCCCGUUCACUAGGCUGGCUGCUCUGGGUCACGGGACUGGUCUCGUUGCGACUGCACACACAAUACACAUUGCUGUCGCUUGUGUGGAGGCACAGGUACGCAAUGCUCUCCUGCAAGGCCAUCUGGACCACUGCCAGACAAGCAGAAGCUUUUGCAGGCACUUGUGGUUGCCCACGCUGCUAUGUAUUGGGGAGGGAUAAUGCGUGAGAAAACAAGGCUGUCGACUCAGUGCUCCAUGCAUUAACCUUGCUCGUGAGGGGAAACCUGCAUGCAAGACCUGAAAUUCUACUGCAGUCGCAUAAAGUGCAUAUGCAAGCAUUACGACAAAUUCAUCGUUUUCGAUAACAAGAACGCGUCUCUGCCCUUUGGCAGCAGUCCAAAAGUCUUGGAAGGGUGUGCAGCUUUGGCCAGUGUUUCCAUGACUUGGCCGUCAUCAAAGCUCAAUCUCGCAUUUUUGUGCCUUUGCCUUCAGUCACAAGCAACUAGCGACAAGCUGUGUUGACUAUGCUCAGUGGGUUAGACAAAGGGAAUAGAGGCGUGCCACUCCUGUAGACAGCAGGCUGUACAUGUGCAGUCUACCCCAGUGACAGAGAGAUCCAUUAGACUAGGAGGCAGAAACAGGUUCUACAUCGUGCCAACAUUAGAAUCAUCAGAUAUGUAAAAUCAUGGUAGAGACUACGUUCUCACUGUAUAUAUGGUUUAUGCGUAUCAUUGGAUCAUUAGUCACAGUUUAGCACAGCCCCUCCAGACAGAUGAGCAGAAUCCGUUAUACGAUGAAAACGUGACUGAUUUUCAGGGGCAUUUUCCCUUGGCCGUUCACUGCGUGUCGUUCUCUUGUGUGUUCCAUUCUAUCAUAGGAUACAUUCAAGAUUGUUCACAGAAUAUACACCCGAAGGAAAGCUUAUCUGUUGUCUAAAACGUGGCACCCCUACUUCUUCAUGGCAGUUGCCCUGCAAGCUGAGCUGACCACGGCAGUAAAUGGGAGAUGGUUGGUCAUUGAGACAACCUUUUGAACAUGUUCAGUGAAUGCUGAAUUUAGAACUAAGUUUCAAAGUUGGCUAGAAUUUGCUUGCUCUUCCCUCGACAAAUUAUGUCGUAAGCUCAAUUUUCACUGCUUCACAAGCACACAGACAUUCGUUGAUAUGAGCAUUGUCAGCUGCAUAGUUGCCACAGGGUGCCUGUGGCGUGCUUUGUAGUGCUAGGAUUGCACACAAUAUAGCAUCAAACCAGUGCUCUUUGAUCUUACUGAAAGUGAGCCACAUGUUGAAAGAAAAAGAACAAAAAAAGAAUGCUCAAAUUCAUGAUGUGCACGGGCAUUCAGACAGCCUCUUGCUGUUAUGACAUCUUCCCUGGUACAGUUUUCAGUGAAUUUGCUGGGACACGGAGUGCUUAAAGGUAUGUGGCCAGUCUCAGUAAUGCCGCCCGUAUUUAUGGAUUCUAAAAAUUUUCAUGAAGGUAAUAAACUCGGAUACUGAGGUCAUUCAAUGAUUUCUUGGAAAAGUAUUACUGGGCCCCUUUAAAGAGACACUGAACAGAAAACUGGGAAAACUGACAAGAGAAUGGAAAUUCUACUCGGAAGACCCAACUGUUCCGAUAAACAGAGUAUUAUUUCACAUGCUAUUUUGAACAGUUGGCGACAGCUGCACGGAAGCAUGAGCCACAAUGUUGCAUUCACUGAGACAUCCUUUCUUUCAUUCCACUCUCCACAAUCGUGCUGAUGCUUCAGCCCAGCCGGGAGCAUUGUUUGCUGCCGGUGCCGUUUGUGGUGGGAGCCGAGCGACGUCGGUUUCCAUGUUUACUAGUGAAUGUAAUGUCGCUAAACAUUGCCAUCUCUAGUUCACAGCAUGGCCACCAGAUGCGGCAGUUCGUAAAAAAUGUAUUAAACUCAUUGUUUCACUCUUGUUUUUGUCUAUCAGUUUCAGCACCCACUCUUUCAGUUGAAAAUUCUGGUGGCAAAAAUUUGUUCAGUAUCCCUUUAAAGGGUUGCGAACCAUUGUUUUUCAAAGUUUGACAGAAUUCACAGAAAUUCAUAACUGGCAAGGUUUCUGGAACGGGCACACUAUUUGCGUUCUACACCUGCCCCUCAAUGUCAACCACUAUUCUAAAGGAGCGGUGUGGUGUCUCACCUAUGCAUUGUGCCUAACAAGUUGUCAGCAGAUGGCUGUGCGUUUUCAGUGUGCAGUUCUUAUAAAAAUGUGCAUUUUCAACUAGCGGUACAGCCAUUCAACUGUGAUGGCUAUUGUACACAAUGUGAGGAUGUACAAAAAUCCAGACGUCCUGCCCGCUUCAUGUUAACUAUUGGCCAGUGGUAGCUUUCUGCAGGCGUAUACAUAUUGUUGUAGGGAGAUCGGCCAACUUGGUGAUUCGCUUCUGAACCUAUUAUGUUAAAAAAUUCUGCAGCUUAGAAGCUUCAUGAUCUCUGUUCAGAGCAAGUUUUCUCAUUAAGCUCAUUUAGUGAAGCUAUAAUGUAAUGUAACUGGAUCUCUCCAGCAGCUCGAUGAAGGUCUAUCUCCAAAGUGGUGUUUGUGAUGCAACCCACCUUAUUGGUAAGCUAAUGCAGGCACUGUUUGCACCCAAAUUCUUCAAUCGUACAAGUUGUGAGAAAUGAAUCUGGGGCAUGCCCAUGGACGAAUUUGCAGUGAACAGCUAACAGAUGCGCCAACUGGAGGGAACGAUAGAAAACACAAUGCAUCACAAGGAUUGCGGCCUGUCACUGCAAGUUGCCCCAGUUAGGAUUGGGAGAAGUGUUCUUUCAAAAAAGCAAAUGAGUUCUGUGACCACAGUGUCAUUUUCAAAGUGCAAGCUGAAAGCACUCUGCUUGCUUCACCAAUGUGGCAUAGUUUGGGGUCUUUGAACACAGUUGGCACCACAAUCGGCAGACCUCUUCAAUUUUGCCCCCAACUGAGGCGCAAUACCUUCUACAUUGUGGACUAUCCACUUGAGCCUCUACUGAUUUGCUAGAGCUCGGCUAGCAGUGCACCCGUUUCUGGUCAUUUUAACGGUGUCGACACAAAUGAGAGGGGCGGAAUGCGUUUCACCACAAUGAAUGCCGGCCCCGCCUGAUGCACAUGGAAGGUCAAUACGAAUUCACUCCAUUGUUCUUAAACAUUAGAACAUGUUCAUACGCAAGUUCAGGCUUGUCAAGUUUGCUGUUACUGUACAUUUUGUUCACUUUCCCUUUAUGCGGGGGAUGAGCUGGCAGGUUCGGUGUGUCGACGUGGUCGCGAGAGCCUUGACGUCACGGCUCACCACUUUGAGUAGCGGAAUGCACUCUGCUGAAGUGGAUACAUCGAGAGUACGUAGCUCCCCUGGAUUUUAAUACAUAGAACUUGUGGGUAGUUGUGCAACUAGUACGAUUGAAAACGUUUGGUUUGCACAAGCUGGGUGUGUGCCAAGCCUCUUUAGUUUGGCUUGUUAAGUGUACAUCCGUAACCAUAGUCGCAGCCACUGCACUGGGGCAGACACAGGUCUUUUCGUUCAUAUGCAAAGGCUAGCUCUCUCCUCCCCGCCUGGCAAAGCCAUCACGUGUGAUAUUUUUGUGUCGGCUGCAUGCAGUGGGGCACUUACAAACAACGAACAAAACUCCCACAUGGAAGCUCUUUGCUCAGAAGCCGCCCUGUGCGGUUGUUGCCGGAAGGAAUGCCCUCGAUUUGACCUGCCUGUGGUGGGUCUGUGUUGUUGUUGUUGGCCUUGUGUUCCUCCAUGCUGUUUUAACGUAUGGGGCUUUAUACUGACUAUGUUGAAAGCUUCGCUGUUAUUUUUCUAUUGUGCGGCUGAAUCCACCAAGGGCACUGAAUGGGAAAUAAAAACUCAAAUGUUUUUGUUGUUUGGCAAAA